AUGGGCCGUUUGGGGAUCGCCCUGUUGGCUGCACUCAUGUCCUCCCUUCCCUGCUGGCUGGGCGCCCCCUGCCCACCUGUGCCCACCUCCAGCAACAUCACACAAUUUGUCUGCACCUCCCCGUCCCUCAGCAGCUUCCCAACCGGCUUCCCCGAGGAGACGCUGAUGAUCUCUGUGGAGUUCACCAACCUCUCCAGCAUCGGCCCAGACGCCCUGCAGAAGCUCCCCAACCUCCGAGAGCUGCAUCUCUCCAACAAUCAGCUGAGGAGCCUCCCCGGCAGCCUCUUCCGGGAUCUGCCAGCGCUGCGGGUCUUGGAUCUCACCAACAACCUCCUGGAAGGCCUGCCCCCAGAGAUCGUGGACUCCCAUAGCCCUCUGCAGCACCUGGUUCUGAAUGGGAACAGGCUGGGGGCCUUGGAGCCAGCGUGGUUCCAGACACUGCGGGAGCUGGAGUGGUUAGAUGUGUCCAAUAACCGGCUGCAGGCUCUGCCUCCAAAUUGCUUCCAGAAUCUGAGCAGCCUGAAAAGCCUUGACCUGUCCCAUAACCACCUGGGCAGGCUGGCCCCGGAGCUGCUGGCCGGCCUGCCCAGCCUGGAGAGGUUAAACCUGGAAGGCAACCAGCUCCACUCCAUUGUCGAGCACACCUUCGACCUGGUGCCACACCUUCGGUACCUCUUCCUCCAGCACAACAACCUGAGCUCGCUGCCCGCACAGCUCUUCGGCAAGCUGGGCCAGCUGGCCCUCCUGGAUCUCUCCAACAACACCCUGACCUCGCUGGCCCCCUGCUUCUCAGAGCAGAACCUGACGCUGGAGCUGGAUCUGUCCAGGAACCCGUGGGCGUGUGACUGCACCAUGCUCGCCUUCAUGCGGUGGGUGGCGGGCCGCUCGGUCGGCCUGUACACCCUCCAGCACACCCUCUGCGGGACCCCCGAGAACCUCAAGGGCCGGACGGUGGCAGCCGCGGCCAAGGACGCGCUCGUUGCUUCCUGCUCGGCUGCACCCACAGAGCGCCCGAGCCCCUGCAGCCUCCCUCGGGGCCACGCUUCCCCAGCGGAGCGUGGCUGGCCCAGGUGGCAGCACCCAGCUCCAAGUGGGCAGCCUGCCAGCUAGACGUGUUGAAAGCUGUGGGCACUCCCAGCUUCAACUCCCCCCCCUGCCACCAGCCACUGGGUCCCCAUGGCAUGAUGAUGAUGAUGAUGUUGGUGCCUUCCUUACCAGGGAAUCCCAGCAGGGCCCACCACCUUUCCCAUAGGACUGGCCUUUCCAGAUCAGGCCUUUCCCCAUUUGCCGCAGCCAGCUCACCCCCCACAGGUCACUGAUCAAAGACCUGCCCAGCUGCAGCAAGAAGGACCAUGGCCGCAGGAGGAGAACACCCCCCCACACACCCACACACACUCCUCCGUGCCCUCCUCCCUGACCCCUUCAGCCCCUCAUCCUUACAAUGCCUCAGAGAUAGGGGCUACCAUGCGCCUCCCCCCAGCCAGCUCUCUCACGCAGCCACACGCUCGGGUGGGAUGGUCUCCACUCAGCACCCAACAGAUUCCCUCUUCCCCCUCCAGGAAACCCCUCCCCAGCAAAAAGCCCAGACAUCUCUUAGGAUACUGUCGUCCACCUGGAAUUUGUCCUUAUUCAGGCCCCAGUUUCCGAGCUUGGCACCCAAAUCCCACGCCCAGCUCUGCAAUCUGGCACUGAGUAUCCUUGGAGGCACCCAGGAGCCUAAACUGUGGGGGUUGGGGGGCUCUGGAAAGUUGGUUUUAUAGGAAACAGCAUGGGCUGGAGUUUAGCUCUGCAAGGGGUUGGCUUGGAUCAGGGUCCCUGUCCUUGGGUAAGGUCCCCACCCCAUCCCAAACAUCCCACCGUUCUGCAAUCAGCAACACAUACACAUAGCUUCCUUCUGAGCUGGCUAUGGCCAGGGUUUCCCUUUCCUGCCCUUCCCCUUGGCCGGCCUCUUCAGAAAGAGAUCCUUUCCGCCAGGUGCAAUCUAAUAGGACUGACCUGAUCUGGCUAUCAAGAGGAGUCAGCUCACCUCAGCCACAUGCCUUUGAUGCAUCUCCUUGUAGAAGCAAAGGCAAGCAGUUGCAGGCUGGAUAGAUGCUCCCCCUACAAGGUCCAAGAACAUGGGUCCCCCAUCCCAGGCCUCUGUUAUCCCCUAAAAGAUCUUAGGACCGGGCAUCCCAUCCUGGUCCCAAAGAUCAGAGAAGUUUGGCAUUGAAAGGAAAGCAUAGCUCUCUAGAGAGAGAAAUGUAAGCCAUGACUAAAUCCAGCUUCUCUGGUCAAUGUCACCCCGUCCCUGUGAAUGUUCUGGCCCUCAUGAUAUGUUGAUUGCAGCCGUUGUGUUUUUUUAAUUGGAAACAAAACACUGAAUGUAACACGUUAACGUCUCACUGGCAAAUUUAUGGCGGAACUAGGGUCCUAAGGAAGGUUUAAAUUAAACUGAAUUGUUUAAAGCUGCUGCACAAUUUGUCCUGAUUUAUCAUGCCAAUAAAAACCGGGAGUGAGUGGUGCCUCUGGACCCCAGAGUGGGUGGCUGGGCUUUUGUUCUAUAAAGAGAGGUUGCUGGUUGUUGGCGUAACUUGAAAAUAAUCAAGGUGAACACGAUGGACACUAAGGGGUCCCUGAUUCGAUGGGGGAAGGGAGAGGAGGCCAAGGGCUGAUGCGGGUGAAGUUCAACUAGUGGCCUUGGAAAGCCCUCCAAAAGUCUGGAUCCUUCUCAGAACUUUAACCGUCUGCAAACUCAGGCUGGGGGCCUCCUAGAAGCCGGUUUGUUCUUCAGAUGAUCCUGAGAUGCAACUUCAGCACCUGCAUCUGGACCCCCAGCUUCCCCAGAGUUCAGGGGUCUUGACUCAAGGGGAUCAGUUCAGCCCUUUCCAAAGAGAUGGACCCAGUGGCCAAGGUCAGCUCCAGAUC